AACGGUUAGACUGCUUGCAGUAGACGUUACGUCGCACCGCCUUCCUCCAAAGAGACAAACAAUUAAGCAGCUCUAGCUUAUAGUAAUACUUGCUUUUUGUGUAUUUACCGUAGUUUAAAUUCUAUAUAGGCUAACCCAAAUGCUUUUAUGUACAUAAUGUCUGAGGAGCAACGCUUCAUCUCGAUAAUGACAAGUUCUUAACCAAAGCAGUCACGAUUCACUAAAGCAAUGAAUUGGCCGGCUUUAAUAACCGUCCUAUUGGCUCUCAACCUUGGUGACCUCAUCUUCGGCCCUAGCCUAUGCAACGCCUCUCCGAAGUUUCAGAAAAAUGCCUGCCGGAUACGAAGAGACGUAGCCGACUGCAGACACCUCAAACUCGAAGAGAUCCCCCCCGACCUCCCCGGUAAUAUUACCGGUCUUGAUGUCUCCCAUAAUAGACUCGGGGCGUUAAGCUCCGUGUCACUGGCCCCUUACCCAGGGCUCGUGCGCCUGGACCUGGGCUUCAACAACUUAAAAAAACUGGAGGAGAGCCUGUGCCAAACCUUACCCUUGCUAAGGACGCUUAACGUGCAGCACAACCAGGUGCAUCAGUUGAUGGAGAAGGACUUUAGCCACUGCCUCAAUCUGACGGAGCUUAACCUGGCUGGAAACAGGCUGAAGCUCCAUGGGGAGUCCUUCGCUGCUCUACAGAGUGUGACACUGCUGGAUUUGUCUAAUAAUGACCUGAAGACAGCCAAGUUGGGCAUCCAACCUCAACUUUCAAGUCUGGAGACUCUCAUCUUGUCGAGCAAUGCCAUAUCAACCAUUGAACUGAACGACUUCAAUUUUUUAACAAAUUCAUCUUCCCUACGAGUACUCAACCUGUCUUAUCAAAAAACCCAUAUAACGUUUAAGUCUGGUUGCCUGAAGCCCAUUGCUGGCAUACAUGAGCUAGUCAUGGAUGGGAACAAACUUAGCACUGCGCUCACAUCUAAACUCUGCACAGAGCUCUCUGGGACAGCAAUCCGCAAUAUUUCCCUCCGGUACACAGGAUUAGUCACGCUUGCCAAAACAACCUUCAAAGGCCUGGUGAAGACCCAACUAAUUUCACUGGAUCUUUCCCACAAUGGCAUGACUAAGAUCGACAAUGGCUCUUUUCAGUGGCUGCCUGUUUUGGAAGUUCUUUCUCUAGAACAGAACAACCUCAAGCGCCUGACAAGUAACACUUUCAAGGGACUAGGGAAUCUGACACGCCUGAACCUGAAAAACGCGCUAUUGAAGACGUCCUCUAACCCAAUUAUUGACGACUUUUCCUUCCAGCCAUUACGAGCGCUGGAGAUCCUGAUCAUGCAGUAUACAGCCUUUCGAGACAUCUCAACCCACACCUUUGCAGGUUUGAUAAGUCUCCGCCAACUCCACCUGGGCUCAGCCAAAUGCAUCGCCCUAAAACGCAUCACCAACCAGACCUUUGUGUCACUGGCAGCUUCCCCGCUUCAGACACUAAACCUCUCCGACACAAAGAUCUCCAGUCUAGACCCAGGUGCCUUCUACAGCUUGGGCAACCUCACAAUUCUUCGACUGGGCUUCAACUCCAUUUCUCAGACCCUGACGGGGAAAGAAUUCCAGGGUUUGGGCAAGCUGCAAGAAAUCUACCUUUCCAACAACAACCAAAAAAUCACCCUCAGCCCCACAUCCUUUGCUUACGUGCCCACUCUCAUAACUCUGCUGAUGGGGAAAGUUCUGAUAGGCAGCCUGGAUUUGGAGCCCUCUCCAUUCAAGCCUCUGUCCAACCUCAGCAUCCUGGACCUCAGCAACAACAACAUUGCCAAAAUCAGCAGAGGCAUUUUCGAUGGACUGGAGAAUCUAAAAGUGCUGAAGCUACAGCACAACAAUUUGGCUCAGGCUUGGACAAGUUUCAACCCAAGGGGGCCGGUAAUGUUUCUUAAGGGGCUCUGCAACCUAGUCGCCCUGGAGAUGGACUCCAAUGGUCUGGAUGAGAUCCCCUUGGAAGCCCUUCGUGGACUGCCAAACCUUCAAGAGCUCAGUCUCAGCGGGAAUGUCCUUAAACACUUCAAGGACUCAGUCUUCGACCACUUGAGCUCACUCCGUGUGCUUCGGCUCCAGAAGAAUGAGAUCACAUCGGUGAGGAAGGAGGUGUUUGGGGCUGUUCUGGCCAACCUCAGCCAGCUGGUCAUGAAUACGAACCCGUUCGACUGCACUUGUGACAGCAUUCUGUGGUUCGCAACAUGGCUUAACAGAACCAAUGCCAGUGUACCGGGACUCAGGGAUGAGUACAUAUGCAAUACGCCACUGUCCUACUAUAACCACUCAGUUCUGGAGUUUGACCCACUCUCCUGCCAGGACAUGACACCAUUCCAAGCUCUCUAUGUGCUGACCACCACAGCGGUCCUCAUCCUAAUGGUCACUUCAUUCCUGGUGCGCUUCCACGGAUGGAGGAUCCAGUUCUACUGGAACGUACUGAUAAACCGUACUCUAGGAUUCAGCGACACCAAUUCCAGAGAAGGAAGAGCAUUCGAGUACGACGCUUACGUCGUUCAUGCUGCAGAUGAUACUAACUGGGUGGAAAGGAGUUUGCUCCCCCUGGAGGACAAUCAGGGAUAUUCAUUUUAUCUGCAGGAGAGAGAUGCAGUACCCGGUAACGCACAUCUGGACUCUAUUGCAGAGAACAUGAAGAAGUCCAGGAAAAUCAUACUUGUGGUCACUGAAAAACUUCUUAAUGACCCCUUUUGUAGACAUUUCACGGCCCAUCAAGCCCGGCACCAGGUUAUUGAGGACAGCCGGGACGCUGUGGUGCUGGUGUUCUUGGAGGAUGUGCACGACUACAGGCUAUUCCGUCACCUGCGCCUGCGCAGGGACAUGUUGCGUCAGCGCUGCGUCGUCAGCUGGCCUGUGCAGAGGGAGAGGGUACCAGCCUUCCACCAGAGUCUGUGCAUCGCCCUCGGCACCACCAGCAGAGUUCAGUAGCUUUCUGAUUUUGAAUCACCACGGGUGGGCUGGUGAACAGACGCUGCCGGUCCAGUUUAAUGUGCUGUCUUAUUCCAUUUGGA